GUCAAUGAGCCUCAGCAGGGCUGUGCAGCAGUACUCUGUUGGUGCAGCUUAUUUUGCUGUCAUGUGGAGAGAAGCUUCUGCUUGUAUUAACUGGUAGAGUUAUGCAGCAUUAUAGCAGCACCUAUAUUAGACCUGCAUGGAUUAUGCUAACAAGCUCUUGACUUUACCAAAGGCUGAUAGACGUGGCUGGCUGUGAAACUUGCUGCUCUGCUCCUCCAUGUUUGCAGGCAUGUGACAAGAGUUAGCAAAUUAAGCUGCUGGUGCAAGAUACAAGUAAGACACCAGUUGCUUUCAGGCAGAGAUGUGUAAUGCCUGCAGAAUGCAAGUGAGUAAAUGUCUGAGAACCAAGGUUACCAAACUGCAGUCACAGCUGCUUUGCUGGUGGUCACCAUAGGAUGGGUUGAUGUCAAGGUGCUGACUCACUUCCAGUUACUACACAGCUUUGAACAACGAAGAUCUUCCCCUGGAGUUACUCCAUGUGAGUAACUGUGACAGCUGCCAGUGUUUCAAUAACUAAUGACUGGGGGUGAAGGUUGGACUGUGUGUAGCCAUCCUUGGUGAGGAUGGGGUAUAUGCUGGAAGAAAAAGUCAAACGCUUAGCAGAGUAUGAGGAAAACCUAGCUUAGCUUCCAAGUAUGUGGAUGGGAAUACUAAGCCAUAUCACCUUUUCAAAUACAAUAAAAAUGGGGGAGGGAUUGCUCACAGGUUAUCAGUUCUGCACUGUAUGUAAUGCUUUGGGAGCACCUGAGCUAGAGUAAGUCAGCAUGCUGGGUUGAGCAGGAAAUUCUCUUCUGGCUGAUCAUUGGGUUGGGUGAAGCAGGGCCAUCCAGCUUUCUGGGUGGGAAGCUGAGUAUGACAGGAGGCUGAAGGAAAUUAAUUCUUGUGCGUGGAAGGGUGCCUUCCUGAGGGAAUUACAGUGAAAAUUAAGAGGGGCAUUAAGUGUAAAACUGAAGUCUAACGUAGAAAUGAGCAAAACAGGUUUUGAACUUGCUUUUUUAAAAACUAGAACCCUGUCAAGUCCAGGUGAGAGGUGCAGCACUGAGAUCUAGAACUUCAGCCUGUCACAAUGCUGUGCUGAGCCAUAAGAGAACACCUGUUUCUGGCGCGUGGGCAAUACUGACUAGUGGACAUCUUGACAAGGUCUCCGAGCAACGUUUUCUGUAGAGCUGAAUGAAAGCAGAAGCAGCUGGGUGAAUUGAUGAGCUUGCCUUGGGAGCCUCUAAGUAGGCAAAAUCAGAACCCACGAUGGGUCAAAAGGUCACAGGUGGGAUAAAGACUGUGGAUAUGAGGGACCCAGUAUACAGACCAUUGAAGCAGGAGCUCCACAGACUUGACUACAGCAAACCCACGCGUCUGGACUUGCUACUGGACAUGCCUCCUGUAUCCUAUGAUGUCCAAUUAUUGCAUUCAUGGAACAAUGAUGAUCGCUCGCUGAAUGUAUUUGUGAAGGAGGAUGAUAAGCUCAUAUUUCACCGGCAUCCGGUGGCUCAGAGCACAGAUGCUAUCAGAGGCAAAGUGGGAUACACACGAGGACUGCAUGUGUGGCAGAUAACGUGGGCGAUGCGGCAGCGAGGCACACAUGCUGUGGUAGGGGUGGCAACAGCAGAUGCCCCUUUGCAUUCUGUAGGGUACACCACACUUGUAGGAAAUAACCAUGAAUCGUGGGGAUGGGACCUUGGGCGCAACAGACUGUACCAUGAUGGCAAGAACCAGCCAAGUAAAACCUAUCCUGCCUUCCUAGAACCAGAUGAAACUUUCAUUGUGCCGGAUUCCUUCCUGGUGGUUCUGGACAUGGAUGAUGGGACGCUGAGUUUUAUUGUAGAUGGGCAAUAUAUGGGUGUUGCCUUUCGGGGACUUAAAGGGAAAAAGCUGUAUCCAGUGGUGAGCGCGGUGUGGGGACACUGUGAAAUAAGGAUGCGCUACUUGAACGGACUUGACCCUGAACCACUGCCUCUGAUGGACUUGUGUCGGCGAGCUGUGAGGCUUGCUCUGGGCAAGGAAAGGCUGAAUGAGAUCCCUACCCUGCCACUGCCAGCCUCCCUCAAGAGUUACCUGCUCUACCAAUGACCUUCAUGUUCUGGGACAGAGAGUUGAAACCAAGGCAAAAUGUCUGGAGCUGACCCACUGGGCAGUGCGUUCGCCACCCUCGUGUCAUUGCUACUGUUGGAAAUCCUUGGCCAAAGUACUCCUGUUACUGCUAAAAAUCUCCAUGUGCCCUUAUUGGCGAGCUCUCGAGUAGUCUUUAUUUUGCGAUGGAGUGUUUUGUUCUUUGGAAGUCACUUCCCCAGCACAGUUUUAAAGAGGAAACUUAACAGAAGCUCUGUGCUUCCCUGCUUCUCCUGAUAAAAGGCUGUACUGCAUCCUUGGGGUCGUAGAGCCUGGGAGUGAGCCCUUCUUCUAUAGCAGUUUAAGGGAAGAGCAUAGUUGGGGGAACGGAAGGCACUAGGAGUGAAUAUCUUAAGACUAGGUGCUAAGAAUGGAAAGGCAUGGGGUGGCCAGUGGAAUUGGGAAGAGUCUGGAAUACCAAGAGGAAAUCAUUGCUGAGUUCUUAAAAACCAAAAAAAAACCCUAACACCAAAACCAAGAACCGUUCCACCAGGAUGCUUUAUUUGGAGGAGGUGGUCAUCAUAUUGCUCGUGUCUGUCUCUGCCAAGACCUCUCACCAUGUUCUAAUGUUACUUCAUAGACUUCAUAGAAAGUGAAUCUUGCUUUCCUGUUUAUCACCAUCACCUUCUCAGUUCUCCUGCUCCAUUCUCUGUCCUGCUGCUUCUGAGUGGCUGUCUCAGCUGAUUGAGCAGCCACCCCAUGUCUUCACCUGCCCUCUUCCUCUUGAAUUAAAGCUGUAGGUUUUAGUUUGGGAUUCCUUGCUGAUGCAGGGACAAAGAAGGGACAAGCGUUUCCUGUAAAGCACUCCUUGGUGAGACAGGCUGGAUGAGCUCUGACACUUGUUAUACAGCUGUAGGUCUUGCUAUCUUAGGUCUGCUUUCUGUUUAGCCUGUUCCAGGUUAAAGCUUUAGAGAAACAUAGUGGUUCUCUAAUGACUUCCAGGAAAUUUUCUUCCUGAAUAGAUUGCUUAGUCACCCAAAUCAGGCUUUCAUCUGCUGUAGACCAUCAGCAUAAUCUCCACUUAGCUAUGCAGCAGGAAUAGUUCUGUUUCUUGCUUAGGGUUGGGGAAGUCAUCCCAGAGAAGGCGGUAGGUAGCAGUGUGACUACAGUAGUGCCAUAGGAAGACCAGGAAUGCAGAAAGUGGUUGCUUCAGAAUGUAACACGUGAGACUUCAAUGGGGUGAUCUUCAGCAAGAAGAGAACCUCUCCAGAGCUGGGGGUUUGGCAGGGGAGAGUUUCAAUAAACAGGACUAGCAAUUCAGGCAAAAUCAGCACAUCCCAAAUAGAUUCUUGCCUCAGUAGCCAGGUGAAGAGAGGAUGACACUCCUUUACUAACAGGAGCUGCUCUCUUGACCUCUCCGCAGGUUACUAUGCUGCCUUUCUGAGGUUAUUUUGCACAUUUCUUUGUCUUGAAAAAAUGUUUGUAUGGUUGGUUUUUUUUGCUCUUGAGUUAUUCCCUCAGUUCUGUGUAGGUACAAAUGAGUUUAGUUGUUGAAAAUGUUAAUAUAUAUAUUUGUGGUGUAUGUAUAAGAACAUGUUUUAAACAGCUGCUGUAGGGUACCUUUUUAAAAUUAAACUACUUGCAUAGUAUAUUUUUAAAGCACAGAAUUGGUGCCAAGACUGGGUGGGGUGUGAUAAGCCCCUUUCUUUUUUAAAUCUAAUAUUUUAUGAUUUUUUUAACAUAGGGGUUUGUACUAGUUUCUGUUGCAGGGUGGGACACAAAUUGCACAAUAAAAUACAGUGUGUAUGGAACUCUACAUGGUUGCCUUCAGCCUGAACCAGUGUCUUCUCUAACUCUUGGGAAGCAGCUGUGUUCUCCCCACUUCUAUUACUCUUACGCUCCUUUGUCUCCAUCUCUUCUCACUUCUCCAUUACAUUUUGUACAGUUUUAAACUCUCACUUCCUAUUUAUGGCUGUAGAUAAUACUCAAUAACCUAAUAAACUUUAUUAAAUAUUG